GCAGUGGUGGGGAAGAUGGCAACGCUGAGCAGACUCCUGGUCCGCGGCGGCGGCCUGAGGCGGGGGCUCGGGCCCGGGCCCUGGGGGGCGGCGGCGGCGGCGGCGGCGCCAGUGACCAACACCGCCACGCGGUCAGCGGCGCACUUCACCUUCGUGUCCGACCCCGUCCCCACUCAGUAUGGCCCAACACAGAAGAUGAAUCUUUUUCAAUCCAUAACAAGUGGCCUGGAUAAUGUUUUGGCAAAAGACCCAAGUGCAGUGGUUUUUGGAGAGGAUGUUGCCUUUGGUGGAGUUUUCCGGUGCACAGUAGGACUGAGAGACAAAUAUGGAAAAGAACGAGUCUUCAAUACUCCUCUCUGUGAGCAAGGCAUUGUGGGGUUUGGAAUUGGUGUAGCUGUUACAGGAGCCACGGCCAUUGCAGAAAUUCAGUUUGCAGACUACAUUUUUCCGGCCUUUGAUCAGAUCGUCAAUGAAGCUGCUAAGUAUCGCUUUCGCUCCGGAAACCUGUUUGAAUGUGGAGGUUUAACAAUUCGAGCACCGUGGGGUUGUGUGGGUCAUGGAUCGCUCUAUCAUUCCCAGAGUCCUGAAGCUUUCUUUUCUCAUAUACCGGGAAUUAAGGUGGUUAUUCCAAGGAGUCCUGUACAGGCCAAGGGAUUAUUGCUAUCAUGCAUAGAAGAUAAAAAUCCUUGUAUAUUCUUUGAGCCUAAAAUUCUCUACAGAGCUGCAGUGGAGCAAGUUCCUGUGGAGGCUUACCAUAUCCCGCUUUCUCAAGCAGAAGUGCUCCAGGAGGGAAGUGAUGUUACACUAGUUGCCUGGGGAACCCAGGUUCAUGUUAUGCGAGAGGUGGCCACCAUGGCGCAGGAGAAGCUUGGAGUGUCAUGUGAAGUAAUUGAUUUGAAAACAAUUUUGCCUUGGGAUAUUGAGACUGUGUGCAAGGAGCAACAGAAGUGCAGCCAGAGCUGGAGGAAGGAAAAGCAGCAAGAAGCCAGAAUGGGCAUAUUGGACAUUUAGUCCUCAGUUCAUCAGCACCCACCAGGACAGUCAGCAUCACCAUUCUCACAGGCAAGCACCAGCACAUUUGCGCCCAUCACAGAUAGUACAGCUUUGGGUGAUGGACACACAGUAAAGCACAGCACAGUGAUGGCAAAGGGGAGGCAUUGAAGUCUGAAAAAGGAGAUAAUGAAGUUGGUAAAACUUCAUUUGCUACUUCUGGUCCUGGUCCUACAUGGCCACAGAUAAACAGAGCUUUCAUGGACAUUCUGGAGAAUGAUCUUCUUGGUGAAUUAUUUUGGAGGAAAUUCAUAGAAUUGUCGAGGAAUUCUGAAGAGUUACGAAAAUGAAUUGGGGUGAUGUGCAAGGCACCAUCCAACUUAUUAGUGCCAUUUCUAGUUUUCGGUUGGAGGGAUUACAGAAAAGAUUAGCUGUGCUGUUUUCUCAAGUCACAGUCUGAUGGGCCCCAAUUGAGCAAAGACCCUUGCUUACACCAGCAUAUCCUCUGAUCCUAGGGAAUUGAUCUGUGAGGAGAGAGUGUCUCAUGUGCCAACACAACUACCAACUCUACCAUUCUCUUCGUGCACGUCUAGUACCCCUCCUUUCAGUAGAUUAAUUAGUAAUGCAAGCCCUACAUCAGCACCCCGAAAUAGAGAUUGAACUCUUACACCUUUUUAACAAUAAUAAUAAUUUGUCCACAUCACUCCCUUCAGAAGGGGAAGCGCCUCAGAGCACUGAACAUAUUUGUAAAUAUGUAAAUACAUUUUAUUUAAUACUAAGCUGAUUUCAUUAUGUUUAAAAUAUGAUAAUGCUAUAUGCAUAAGAGAGUCUGUAAACAAUUUUCAAUAACAUGCCUUUUUCAAAGCC